UUACGCCUAGAUGCAGCCCCGAACCAGAACAAAAUGGCAGCGCCCACAAAGCUAUACAGCUUAUGUUCUGUGCUAUUGGCUUUCCUCUUCGCUUUCUCGGCUUCUGUUCAGUUGAAUGACCCCGAUUGGUAUUUUUGGUUUCCUCUGUAUGCAUGCGCGUGCAUGGUUAAUAUGGUGAACUGGGGCAUUUCCUGCAGAACCCAAAUCAGGCUUAUCGCGAGGAUGUCAUUAUUGCUUGGAAUAUUUUUGUUCAUCAAGGUUGUAAUAGAAGAUUUUGUGAAUGGAACAGCUGGGUUCUGGUCGCUGGAUUUGAGUAUUAGAGUGGUUAGAGAGAAAACUGGAAGUGGGUUGGUUGUCAUUUCCAUGAUUUUGCAGUUGGAAGCAUUAUUACUCCCAGAUGAUCCCAUGCUUAAAAAGAGAAAGGAAUUUGCAAAAUUUGUUGGAUAUGGGAUGGCAAUCUUGGUGGGCUUCGGCUAUGGACUCCCCUUUGUCUUCUUUGUUGUCCAAAAAGGAGAACUUAAGUUCUGAUCAAUUUUGCUUCGUGAAUAAAACUGUACACUACAGUUGCCAUUAGCCAUAUGUAGGAGGAGGGGAUGGAUA